CUUUUUUUUUUUAGCUGAAGAAGAAACAGCGUACUUGUUUACGAGUAUGUUGUGAGUUCAACUGAUUAUUAUGGUGAGUGAAGCAGAGUAGAAUGCACAAUUCAAAGGCAGCCAUAGGUUUUCUCGCACGGCGCGCCAAAUCCUUCUCUUACAAAAAACAGUCUUUCCUUUUCUCUUCUUCUUCUUCAUUUUGCUUUUCUAGGGCAACAAGUAAUCUGCCUACUCUGCUUCCGCCACAUUCUUCUUCUUCUUCCGCCAUUUCAUAUGCCAGAUUUCUAGUCCCAUUGCGUGGCUUUUGCGGGUACGCCGCCGAGCAGUUCUCCGAUGACGAGUACGACUGCGAUUUUGAGAGCCACUCGGCAUCAUCUUCAGUUGCCAACAUUGAUGAGUGGAAAUGGAAACUCAGCCUUCUACUACGCAAUGAAAAGGAACAAGAAAUUGUUUCCAAAGAUAAGAGAGAUAGAAGAGACUAUGAGCAGAUAUCUAACCUUGCCAAAAGGAUGGGACUUUAUAGUGAACUUUAUGGGAAAGUGGUGGUUGCCAGCAAGGUUCCUCUUCCUAAUUACAGGCCAGAUUUGGAUGACAAGCGGCCACAAAGGGAGGUGGUUAUACCACUAGGCUUGCAAAGGAGGGUGGAAGGUUUGCUGCAGGAACACCUUGAUAGAUUCGAGCUAAGUUCUGGAAAGGUCACUAACAGUUUGGGUGAUGAUAAGCCUAUUAACCAGGUUGAAGAUGUGAACUUGGAUGAGAAUGCUGACUCUUUCCUUGAUCGCUCUGUCAUGGAAAAGGUCCUUCAGAGGAAGAGUUUGCGAAUGCGUAAUAUGCAAAGAACUUGGAUGGAAUCACCCGAAGGCAAGAAAUUGCUGGAAUUUCGGAAAUCACUGCCUUCUUUCAAGGAGAAGGAUAGGUUGCUUCAAGCAAUUGCACAAAAUCAGGUGAUAGUUAUAUCUGGUGAGACUGGAUGUGGAAAGACCACUCAACUUCCUCAGUAUGUGUUGGAGUCAGAGAUUGAAUCUGGACGAGGAGCAUUCUGUAGCAUCAUCUGUACACAGCCUCGAAGAAUUUCUGCUAUGACUGUUGCAGAAAGAGUGUCUACAGAGAGAGGAGAACCUCUUGGUGAAACAGUUGGCUACAAAGUUCGAUUAGAGGGGAUGAGAGGAAAAAACACCCACUUGCUUUUCUGUACAAGUGGUAUUUUACUUCGGCGUUUGCUGAGCGAUCGUAACCUAAAUGGCAUAACUCAUGUUUUUGUUGAUGAAAUUCAUGAGCGGGGGAUGAAUGAAGACUUCCUGUUGAUCGUGUUGAAGGAUUUACUUCCACGUCGUAGAGAUCUGAGAUUAGUUUUAAUGAGUGCCACGCUAAAUGCUGAUCUAUUUUCUAAUUUUUAUGAAGGGGCACCAACAAUUCAUAUUCCAGGUUUUACUUACCCGGUACAAGCACAUUUUCUUGAAGAUGUACUAGAAAUGACUGGUUAUAAGCUGAGUUCAUUCAACCAAGUUGAUGAUUAUGGCCAAGAGAAACUUUGGAAAACACAGAAGCAGCUGGUUCCGCGGAAAAGGAAAAACCAGAUCACCACUCUUGUUGAGGACGCUCUUAAUAAAGCAAACUUUGAGACUUAUAGCCCCAGGUCACGUGACUCUUUAGCAUCUUGGGUGCCUGAUUCCAUAGGAUUCAAUCUAAUUGAGGCAGUUUUAUGCCAUAUCUGUAGAAAGGAAAGACCAGGUGCUGUUCUAGUGUUUAUGACUGGAUGGGAGGAUAUCAGCUGCUUGAGGGAUCAACUUAAAGCUCAUCCUCUUUUGGGUGAUCCUAACAGAGUUUUACUUCUAACAUGCCAUGGUUCAAUGGCAACUUCUGAACAGAAACUUAUAUUUGACAAACCACCUCCUAAUGUUCGUAAAGUUAUUCUAGCGACAAAUAUGGCAGAGGCAAGCAUUACAAUCAAUGAUGUAGUUUUUGUGGUUGAUUGUGGGAAGGCAAAAGAGACGACAUAUGAUGCUUUGAAUAAUACCCCUUGUCUUCUACCUUCUUGGAUAUCACAAGCAUCUGCUCGGCAAAGAAAGGGCAGGGCUGGCCGUGUGCAGCCAGGCGAAUGUUACCACCUGUAUCCGAAGUGUGUUUAUGAAGCUUUUGCAGAAUAUCAGCUUCCAGAACUCCUGAGGACUCCUUUAAACUCUCUCUGCUUACAAAUAAAAAGCCUGCAGGUUGCAAGUAUAGGAGAAUUCUUGUCAUCUGCUCUGCAGCCACCAGAACCACUUGCUGUCCAAAAUGCCAUUGGGUUUCUGAAGAUGAUUGGGGCACUUGACGAGAAUGAAAAUUUAACACCUCUUGGAAAGUUUUUAUCAAUGCUUCCAGUAGAUCCUAAACUAGGGAAAAUGCUGAUCAUGGGUGCCGUCUUUCAUUGUUUUGAUCCUGUUCUUACAAUAGUAUCAGGCCUCAGUGUCAGGGAUCCUUUCUUAUUGCCUCAAGAUAAGAAAGAUUUGGCAGGAACGGCAAAAUCUAGAUUUUCAGCGAAGGAUUACAGUGAUCAUAUGGCUCUUGUUCGUGCAUACGAAGGAUGGAAAGAUGCAGAAAGAGAAGGGUCGGCAUAUGAGUACUGCUGGAGGAAUUUCCUCUCAGCCCAAACACUUCAAGCUAUCCAUUCUCUACGGAAGCAAUUUAGCUUCAUUCUGAGAGAUGCUGGGUUGAUAGACGUUGAUGCAAGCAACAACAACCGACUAAGUCACAACCAAUCAUUAGUCCGUGCAAUCAUUUGUUCUGGUCUGUUUCCUGGGAUAGCUUCCGUGGUGCACCGUGAGACAUCUAUGUCUUUCAAAACAAUGGGAGAUGGUCAGGUUUUACUAUACGCUAAUUCUGUUAAUGCACGUCACCAAACAAUUCCUUACCCAUGGUUGGUUUUUGGGGAAAAAGUAAAGGUCAAUACUGUUUUUAUACGUGAUUCUACUGGCGUAUCUGAUUCAAUACUGAUUCUUUUCGGUGGUGCUUUACAUCAAGGAGUGCAGGCUGGGCAUUUGAAAAUGUUGGAUGGUUACGUUGACUUUUUCAUGGAUCCCAGUUUAGCUGAGUGCUUUUUGAAGCUUAAAGAAGAACUUAAUAUGCUUAUUGAAGGGAAGCUUCAAGAUCCCAGCCUGGAUAUUCACAAGGAAGGGAAGUACCUUUUGCUUGCAGCUCAAGAGCUGGUAUCUGGAGAUCAAUGUGAAGGGAGAUUUGUAUUUGGCCGGGAAAGCAAGAAGCCCAGGGAGUCUAAUGACAACAACAAACUUACGAAAGACGGAACAAAUCCAAAGAGCUUGCUUCAGACUCUGUUGAUGAGGGCAGGUCACUCACCUCCGAAAUACAAGACCAAGCACCUUAAAACAAAUGAGUUCAGAGCACUCGUGGAGUUCAAGGGUAUGCAGUUUGUUGGGAAACCAAAGAGAAACAAGCAGCUUGCUGAGAGGGAUGCGGCUGUAGAGGCAUUGGCAUGGCUGACUCACACUUCAGACAACAGCCGCGACGAAGAUGAUAACUCCCCACCUGAUGUCACUGAUAACAUGCUAAAACUUCUCGGGAAGCGUAGAAGAUCUAAAGGUCGAUGAUGGAUACCGGUAAUUGGUAUAUAAGCUGUUGCCAUCCCGGCUUCUCCAUGUGAGUUCAUUUUGAGAUGCUCGAGUUGUUCGCUGCUGCUUUGUUGACAAGUAAUAAUAUGGAGAUAAAUUAAAAGGUUAGCAAGUUGAGAAGGUGACAGAUUUCCAUUAUUGGUAUUUUAGUGAAUUAGAUAUAGUUCAAAGUUAUGGGAACAAUGGCUUCUCUCAAUGAGAGGUUAUAUGUGCAAGUCAAAGAUGGGAAGGGUUUUCAUCAAUUUUUGAGAGCUAAUUAGAGUCAGAGUAGGUGUAGUGUAUAUGACUCGGGAGCUGCAUUAUAUAAGACUGAAAUUUUGGUUGAUAAUAAGAUCUUGGGAAAAAAAGGAUAGAUAGCAACACCCAAAUAAAUAGAAUUGAUGUUUAUUUUAAGAGAAAGAAAGCAAGAAAGAAAUGAGUUACAUUAAUGAUAUUGUGAUCAAUUGUUUAUGCUAGUACAAUUGGGGAAAAUCCUUGUAAUAUGUAUGUAAAUUGAUUUAAGUCCUUGUUCUAUAUGAUAUAUAGUAUAAAUACUACAUGAGUUAUACAUUGCUUUUCAA